GUGUUUACAGAAUCUUGGCAACUGAUUAUCAAACGCAUCAACAUACCAGCUAUUGUAAAAGUUAACGAUACCGGUUACAUUGUCCUUGAUUGCGACUACGAUUUCGAGAAUACAUCAAGCAAAGGUCUCGUCGUCAAGUGGUUUUUUAACACCAAUCAAUUGGUCUACCAAUGGAUUUACGGCAGAUAUCCUCAGGCGGACGAACCUGCUGCAAAAUACGUCGAUCUAACCUAUAAAGCCAGCAAUGAUCCAUAUACCGAAUACCGAGCUAUAAAGUUGAAUAAGCCAGGUGUUGAUCUUACUGGCGAAUAUACAUGCGUUAUAUCUACCUAUGCAGAUGAACAAACAGCAAAUGCCUCAAUGAUAGUGUACUCGCCACACUUCGAGUAUUGUGCAACGUUGUUAAUAGAUAUGAGUAAGACUCAGCUAACAAAACUGCAAGUAGCGCAAAACCGCGCCAUAAGAGUGAUAUUGCAAUGUGUUAGAUAUACCAUUGUCGAAAAAAAUGUUGCAAGCGCUGUAGUUUAUAUCAGUCAGGCGUAG